AUGUACACAAACAAGAGCUUCUAGUAGUUGAUGUCCUUCGUUGGAAAGAGACAAUUCUCUCUCUACAAUUACCGCGACACUGCUAACCCAAGAGUAUUCUUUACUGUGUCCAAGAACGGACAGCCUCUCGGUGACUUGGUGUUCGAGCUCUACAGAAACCACACUCCCCAGCACGCUGAAAACGUUCUAUCUUUCGCAACUGGAGACAAUAAAUGGAAGGCCUCAUACUCUGGAUCUCUUCUCAAUAAAGGUUUCCCAGGCAUCGUCCUCCAAGGUGGUCGCAUUACUGACUGCAACGCAAGUGUAAAUGGAGGCAGACUUCCAGACGAGGGGCUUCAUUACAUGAGACAUCACAAGAGAGGCCAACUUUCUAUGGUUAACGAUGGCGAGAACGCUAAUGGUCAUGAAUUCAUGAUUACUCUUGGUAAAGUAGAUUUUCUCGAUGGAUACCACACAGUCGUUGGAGAAUUAGUUGAAGGUGAGGAAGUCCUAAACGCAGCUGAGUCAAGUCUCUCCAGACUCGGUCACACCGUUGAUGAAAUCAAAAUUGAACACAGUGGCACCAGAUGA